CACCAGCGUAAUCACCGACAAUCGUAAUCCAGCCAGUAUCAAUAGAAACCUCCAGUGGUAGCAACAAAAAGCCUAUGCCACAUAAGAAAGCCCCGAAAACCCCAUUCAAUCAAAACCAACGCAUGAGGCGUAACAAUCGGGAUGGCAGCAGUUCUUCGAGGACUGACGCAUUCCACCCCGUACAGAACCCAAUUCCACCAUCUUCAAAUCACACCCAAACAACUCCAUUCAAUGGCAAACCCCUCCCGCCAGACCCAGCAUCCCCAAUAGGCCUCGGCAUAACCAUUCCAAUCCCAACCGAAUCAUCAUCCACAAUUCGCCUCCCAGAAGCCGAAAAACUCACCAUAGGCGUCCCCCGCCCUGUAAUCAAGAAGAAGAUUAAGACGAACAAUAAUGUCCCCCUCCAAGAAGGUACAAUGUGGUCUUCCCACCCCUCCUCCUCAUCCUCCUCAUCUAACAUCCCAGACGUAAAAUCGCACAUCACGAUACCGAAGCCGUCGUCCACGACUGACCCCUUGAACCAACACCCACCCUCACGAGGAAGUAGCUCCAAACAUGAAGCAGAACCAGAAAGUACCGUACAAUCCCUCCGACAGUUCUUCCACCGCGCCGCGGAUUUAUAUCACAGCGGGCCGGAAGGCGACACCACGAAGGCGAUCCGGGAGUAUCGAAACUUCCACGCUGAGUGGAAGGCGAAGAGGGAGAUCAAAGAGAUCGUUCCGAUGCGUGUGGUGUCUCCACCGCCUCCGCCGUCACCGCCAAAGCAGCAGCAGCAGCAGUACCAGGCGGGUCAGUGGGGUGGGGAUCUUCCUGCUCGGCCACGUCUGCCACCGAAGGAGCCGCGAGGGGAAGGCCAAGGUCAAAGUCAGGUACGAAGUAACAUCAAUGGCGCUGGGGACGUGAGGUAUGACCGGGUGCGUCAGUCUGACUCCCCCACAGCAGUGAUACUUCCGUUCUAUGCGUCGGAGAGCGUGAGGUACGAUGCGGGUGAGCCAGCGGACCCCGUCUCAAAGUGGACUGGAGGAAGGAUCGAGGGAAAUGUGAAUAAAGGGAGUGAUCCGCCCAUUGCACAACAAUAUCCUCCUCCACCUGCUGGUGGUCAUUCGGUCAUAUCGAGUAAGUCCAAUGUAGAAGAGAAUGGGAGACGCUAUAUACACACCCGUUCAUCAUCCAAGGACAACAUAUCACGAAAACCAAACAGAAACCACCAUACCGACGCACCGACAACCAAAACGUGGCUCACCAAUCCCCUGAGAUCAAAACGCUCAAUAGGGAAACUAGCAAGCAAAGCGACCUCCACAGCCGCGACUUUGAAAUCCAAGAUCUCGAAACCGAUCUUGCAGUCUUCUUCGAGUGGCAAGUGGCAAGGAGGAAGUACGCCGAAUCCAGCAGCUCCACAUCCGUCUACUGCCAUUCCCUCCUCCGACAAAGCUGAUCAAGAAGCAAUGCGACCGCUGCCGCCCCUCCCCAUUCACUCCUCCCAUCACCAUCGCCCGCCACUGCCAGCACAUCACAUUUCCCAAAACAUGAAGUUGAAGUCGAAGGAGAUGAAGGGAACCUACUCGGCCGGUCUGUCGCGUAUACCAUCGCAAACCGCCUCCUUCCACUCCUCGUCUUCGUUCUCCCCGACCGCCCACAUAUCGAGGAACCCAGUUUCCUCCUCACCGCCACCACUACCGCCACUACCACAGGAACAGCAUCACUGGUACAACAGAACCCCAGCAACCGAUCGACAGCCACCCAACAAGACCAAAAGGAAAUCCAGGAGGGACUCGGACGUGAGUUUCGCCUGCGUCGGCAUCGUCGAAGAGCGAGAAGAUACCCGCUUUGACGUCACGGCCGAUGAGUCGCCGAUCUUACCUCCCAACUACGAUAGCGACGACGACGAGUGGGAGACCUCCGGGAGCGAAGGGUUCGGGGGAAUGGUGCCGGAACCGCUGUUCACGGCGUCGAGUGGGACAUGGACGGUGGGGAGGGGGUCGCCGGGUGGUGGUGAUGGGGGGAGGGUCAGUUGACGAUUGUGAGGGUUGAUGAUAUUCACGAGAGUGAUAAUGGUCCGGGUGGGGAUGAGUAGACGUGAGGGAAUGACUAUAUGCCGAGAUGAAUCGACAGAUAGAUGAAGGAACAUGAGAAUGAACAAGAUUUUAGGAUAGAACACUGAGUUUGUAGUUUAAUUAAUGAGAAAACUCCGAUGGUAGAUCGGAAACACAGAGCGAAGCGCGUCGUCAGAGAUUGACCACGAAGGAAAACGAAGCAUCAUGAUAUAGGCUACAUUGG